UUAAUGGAACUGGGGAUUAAUACUUCAUGAAUUGGUGAUGGUAAUGCCAGAUCCUAAAAAUGUAAAUGACGGAUUAUCAUCACUGGACUACUGUAAAAAGACUGGCCAGAAUUGGCCAGCAGUAAUGAUUUCUAAAAGGUAACAAAGAAAUGGACAAUGGAGAAUCAUUCUUUGAUAUAAGUGAAGGAUUUUUUGGGAAUGACAAUGAUGCAGGUGCCUCAGACUUCAGCUGGGCUGACGAGUUCAUUUCCUCUUCCGAGAACCAAGAAACGCAUCAAACCUCCAGCUCUGUCCUCCCGCAGGGGAUAGACGAAGUUAAUAAUGCCUCCUCUUCACUUCCUGUCCUAACCUCACAAAACAAUGUCCUCACCACAUCGCAGUCUAGCUUCAUCCUUGCCAACACUGCCAGUCCCAUGCCCUUAGCCAAUCAGAAUGCAGGAAUUCAGUUUGUGCAGCAGCAGCAACAGCAGUCCAACCAAUCACAGCAAAUUAUCACAUCACUGCCUAAUUUGAUUGGGUCCACUGCUCAAUUAGUAAGGGGUCCAAAUGGUCAGUUUAUAUUGACCAAUGGACCGAUCCAAGUCCAGCAAUCUCAACAGACACUUCAGCCCUCUUCAGUUCAGUUUCCUAGCCAGCAGUUCCAAGCACCGAGUCAGAGUCCGAUUCCUGCCAGUUCCCCUGCCAUCAAUCGCUCCCUCACACCUGCCAGUUCUCCCCUCAUCAGCAAAUCUGUGGGAUCCAUUCAAUAUGCUACUUCUUCAUCAGAUACAACAUCCAUCACUUCAUCCAAAGGCUACAAUCAGCCUUUAGUGGCUAAUGUGGGAAAUACAAAUGUGAAUGUCUUAAAUGCACAGCAGCAGUUACUUGCCAGGAAUAUUCAGGUUCAAGGACAACAAAUUUUGCAAAAUUCCGGUGUUGUGCAAGGUCAAGGUCAUGUGUCCUAUCUUCAGGGACAUGGACAAACUGCUAUGUUACAAGGGCAGCUCCAGGGUCAGACUGCUGUGCUGCAAGGACACACUGGCCAGACUGCUUUAUUACAAGGUCAGCAAGGUCAAACUGCCAUGCUACAUGGUCAGGGACAAAACAUAGUUAAUACACAAAACACAGUGAUUCAGAACCCUAAUGUUGUAAAUUUGAAUGUAGCGCAUGUGUUAUGCAACAACCCUGCUCUUCAGAACCAGCAAGGUGGAACAGUGCAACAGGGUCAGAAUAUACAAGGGACUCUAAUACAAACUGCUGAUGGUAAGAGUAUAAUAAUUCCUAGUCAGCUUUUACAGUCAGGUCAGCCAAUAAACCUCCAAAACCUCCAGCAGGUGUUUCAACCUCAACUUAAUACCAGUGGUGCCAAUGUUAUUCAAGGAUCUUCAGCAAGUGGAACCGGAAUGCUUCAAGGAGCCAGUGUGUUGGGAAACAAUGUGACUCUUGGAAGCAUUGGAAAUGUCAUCCGGAUGGCCAACAAUACCUCAAUAGCAGGACAAGACAAGAACAUGGGUGCCACCCACAUAAUUGGUGUGAACAGUCAAGGCCAGCAGGUGCUCAUACAAAGAGCUCAAGCACAGCAACAGAACAUUAUGGUGCGAACAUUAACUCCACAGAAUUUACACCUUCAACAGCCCACCAGCAACACAACAAGCACAUCACAUUACCAGGCAUCUCAAGGCUCGCAAGUGAUGCAGCAACCCUUACUUGUCACAUCACAGCAGCCAGGAAUUCAGCUUCAAAGGAUCAUCACUCCCGCUGGUCAGCCUGUUAUUCCAGGUCAGCAGAACCAGACUGUCAAGGUCAUAGGUCAAAAUCCUGCUGGUGUAUUGUCUAUAAAUCUACCCCAGAAUAUCAGCUUUCAAAACCUGCAACAGAAUCCGCAAGUUCAGACUGUGCAGUUAGUUCAGCAACAAGUCCAGAGAGCUACGAUAGGAGUGAAAAGUGAUGACAGUUCUGGUUCACAAGCUCAACAGGUGAUACAAGUAGCCAGCACAGACUCCAGUCUGAAAACUUUGUCAUUUGUUACCAAAACAGUCUCCCAGCAAGGGAAUCUCAUUCACACAUCCACAGGACUUCAACACAGUGAUCAGGCAAGCACUCAACCGCUCGCCAGCAGUGUUCAAAAUGUGUUCAGUCAAGCCCUUUCUGUCACGCCACAAGCUAGCAUCACAUCCUCCAUCACACCAGCCACCACAUCUCAGUCCCAGACUGUUCUGUCUCAGCCAAUAUUUAGCACCACACAACAGAUACCGCAUGUGGUUCCUUCCGUGGUAACACCACAGCCAUCAAGUGAUACAAAACCCCCCUCACUCUUACAGCAGACCACUCUACAAGCAAGAAACAAUGCCCCAAAGCUUCAGACAAUUCAGCUGACCCCAGAGACACAACAGAAAUUGCAGUUAAUACAAGCAGAGUUAAAGACCCUUUUAAGUCUGAAACAUUUAACUGCUGAACAAAUGAAAAGACAAAAAGAACUAGUUGACCUUCAGAAAGGUAUUCUUCAAAAGUGUGCCCAGCAACACAAACUUCAGGUGGCUCAGCCAAUGAUUGGACAGCCACAGGCCAGUUUUACUACCCAAAACCAAGUCAUAAUCAAAACAGAACCCCAGGCAAUUCCUCCACCGAUGAUAGGGGAACCACCCACAGGAACAGUACCACAGCAAAUUUCAGGUGUCACUUCAUUGACACAAGGUGUGGCACAAACAAAUGCUGCAGUACCGAAUGCCUCGCCGCUGCUACAAGCACUGUCUUCCUCAAGCACCAGUAUCCGUCCAGCUCUGUCUACGGCUCAGAACCUGGUCCAGAGUAAAGUGGCAACAACUCAAUCCACAAUUCAGAUAGGUCAACCAGUGACGGCAAUGACAGGUGUGCCGAAGCCUGUGGGGGCAAAUCUAUCAUUAGGAACCUCAACUGUGAAAGCUGGACCUCAGCAAGUGGCUGUGCCAACACAAAUCAAAAUUGCAAACCAUGUUCUCCAGUUGAAUUUGACCCCAGAACAGAAGAACAAGGUGGAAGGGUAUCUGGCCCGGAUGACCCCUGAGCAACAGCAGCAACAGAUCACAAUGUUUCUAAAAUUACAGCAACAGCAGCAACUUCAGGCCCAGGUGCAGGCCCAGAAAGCCCACCAGGCCAAGCUGCAACAACAGGGUAAAAUUCCCACUCCUGUUCAGACACUAACAGGCGCUGCCACAAGACCUGCCUCUGGAGUUGGACCUGUACUUAUACAACAAGGGUCUUCAGAUAAUAAACUGGUAGCUGUAGCAUCAAUUCCAAAGGACAAACUGAUUCAUCAACAGCUGAGUAAAGACCAGGAGAAUGCCCUGAGGCCUGACACUCGUACACCAUUCAGAGACCGCCGGGACAUGACUCGGAGACUGCUGAGAAACCAUGUCUUCCAGUGGAAAGAGCCACCAGAGAAACUGGUCAAAAAAGAUGAAGAAAUGUUUGAAAACUGUGCUGAAGGGUUGAUGAGAAAGAACACUGCCAUGUUUGAAAAAUUUCGUUUGUUGCUAAUGAAGGAAAGCAUGAGGGAGAAGAGCACUGCAGAGACUGUGAUGAUCAAAAGACUGCUGAAUGAUGAUCUCAAAGAAACAAUAAACAGGGAAAAGAAGCUAAUUCUGGAGGACCCUGCGUCCUUCAAACCUAUGCCAUUACACCUCCUGCGGAAGUCGGAGAAGGCAGCUGUAAAAGAAGAGAUGGAGGAACAGAAACCUGUGGUUGUUAAACAGGAACCCCCUACUGAACAAGUACCCCCUGAAAAUAAACCCUCUAGUCCCUUUGUCUCCAUAAAGGAGGAAGAGAGCAACUCGCGUCCAACUACGCCAAAAUUCAAACUCAUCAUUCGUAAUGAUGGGCAGAAACUGACCAGUUCCACCUGUAUCACAGAGGAUGGUGAUAGUGACACUAAUACAUACCUAGCAGAGCAAAGCAGCACAGAUAGUUACUGUGAUAACAAUUCUGAUAAAGGUUCUCUGGGGUCAAGGUCACCGUUACUAGGAAACAUAGAGAAUAAACCCAAUGAUGACAUCACAAUGGAGGAUAAUACUGCCACUAGGUGGAGUGAUAUCAGUAACGAUGAGAAGCCCUUUGCCUCCUACAUGGAGACUGACAGUGCUGACGUGUCUCAGAUGAGUUACAUGAAUUAUCCUGACGGUAAGAUGGAGAUGGAGGGGACAGACAGUAAUUUAUACUCAGACUCUGCUGAAACAGUUCACAAUCUGAUCUCAUCAGAAGACACUGUCAAUUACAGUAAUCAAAACACAUUUCAUUCUAGUCCCCCAUCAAGCAGUCAGCCCAUAUCAUUUACAUCUAGUAAUGCAUUGUAUCAUCAAGACCGGUCUAAAAACUCCACUUUCCGUGAGUCCUUCUCUGGUCUAGAGGAUAGCCAAAAGUCUAUGGAGUCAAGUGUCAGUUCAUAUCCUGGAUCUGCUUGUGCUCAGUAUGAACCGAUUUCCUCGGACGAAGGGGAUGAAGAAGAAAAUGUCUCACAAUAUGUGCCUGGUAAAAGUGAACCGUAUUCAAUAAGUAUUGGGAAACACACUAUGAAAUAUUCUGGUGAUUCUCAGUCAUAUUCCCAGACUGAAAACUUACACAAAUCAAAUAGGACGACAAGUGGAAAUGUGAUUGAAAUUACGGGCAAUGAUACCAUGACAAUUGAGAGCAGCAGUAGUAGUGAUAGUGACUCGGACUCCGAGGUGAGUUCAGGGAAGGAGGAGGACAAUGAAACCAAUUAUCAGGUGCAAAGUGCAAUAGACUCCAUAUUGCAGUUUAAUGAUAAUGCAUCAUCAUCAUCUACAUAUCAUAUGGACCAAUCAGAUUUCUUUAAUCAUGACUAUGAUGCCAGCCAAUCAGAAGAGAGUGCUAUUAAUAGUCCCCAAUCAUAUGAGCAACAGGAAAAUGGGGACCAGACAGACACCACCUCCAUGGAAGAUGAUUUAGAUGCUGCUGUCAAAAGUAUUUUAAUGUAGUGAUAGAUUUGUUGUCUAUGUGUAAGACUAUUUUUCCAUUGUUUUAUGAUGUGAAAAAUUUGUAGUGUUAAGGAUCAAUUUCUGAAAUAACAUGCUUAGGAAUCUCAAUUGUUUUAUAAAGUGUCAAGGUCGAAUAAAUAGACAAAAGUUAUUUUUCCUGAAGGUAGAAAUCUAGCAUCUGGGAUGCUGACUGAUUUUAUAAAUAGUGCUUUACUUAUCUACAUAAUUUAUGAGAAACAUGACAAAUCUAAAAAUAUGCAUUGGUUCAAUUUGUAUUGUGUACCCUAUGGGUUGCCAUUCUUAUACCAUGACACAAUGUGUACAUACUUGUUUAGUGUAGGCUUGUAUAGAAAUAUUAGUAAAAUGGUAUUGAUCAUGAUUUAUCCCUAAAUAGAAAAAUCCUCCCAUGAUUCUUACAGCUUUUUAGUGCUUUUUCACCGAUUUAUUACUUAUGUAGAUCUUCUGGCAUCUUUUGGCAUUUUUGUGACAUUUUCAUAAAUUUUUUAUUACUUUUGUAAAUUUUUACUUCAGUUUCAAAUUCUGUUUCAUAAUUGACAGACUUAAGAUGUGUUGUGUCAUUUGUAAUUUUUUUUUAUAUCAAUGUUGUGUAAGAGACCCAUUGUUGUAGAUUUGUGUAAUUUUUAUGGAUAAAAUAUUGUCAUUUGUAUAAGCAAAAAUGAGACGUUUGCAGCCAUCAUUAGCUAGUCUAAACAAAGGAUCAUGUUUCUGCGUUCAGCAUUCCAUGCCAUAUCAGGUUUAGUGUAUUUUGUAUUUGCACAAAAUUUUUGAGACAAAAGUGCCAUUGAAAUUGCAAUAAUAAAUUUUUAUGAACAUGUAUAUAUUAUAUGACAUUGUGCAGUUUAUAAUGCAGAUAUAUACAUUUGUUUGUAUAGAAAUAUUCAACAUUUGCAAAACUUUUCAUAUUAAAACAAUGACAUUUUUUUUUUACUUUGUGAAUAUUUGUAACAAUAUUCUCCAAUCACCUCCUUAUGCAUCGGGUACAAAAACAUUUAGAAAAGGAAAGUACAAUGUAAAAUCGAAAAAGUUAAGCAAAAAUAUUUCAGUAACUUUACACAUAUCUGACAGAGGUGGUAUAUUUAUCUUACAGUGCAAACAAUUUAAAUCAUUUGAUGUACUGCAUCCUUUUUUUACAAAAAAUCCUGUGAACAAGAUAAAAAUUUGACAACUCGGUAAUUCUUUGUUUGUUAGAGAUAAUUUCUUUUUUCUAAAAUAUUAUUUAAGUAUAAUUUAAUGUUAUGCAUGUAUAAGCUUUUUGUGACAUGCAGCAAGCUUGAUAGUGAAUUGGAAAAUGUUUUUAACUUUGUCUUGGUCAAAAGAUUUUUUGUGGAAAAGUUCAUUAAUGCUUUUAAAAAAAUCAUUCCCAUCAUAUGCUCAAAAUUCAUUCCCAUCACACAACAUUAUAGAAAAAUUCAGUAUAUUUAAUAAUUGUAUUUUGUACUAUCAAUUGAAAGAAAUAUUUUCAAAUUGUGAUGGACAUAUUUCCAUCAAAUGAAGAUAUUCUUCAGUUUUAUGAACAAGUCACCAUUUCAUUAUUUAUUUACACGUCAUAUCAUGAGAGUUCGCCCUAUUUUGGGUUAAUGAAAUAACAGAAAACAAUAAAACAAUGAACAUGAA